CGAAGAGAGCGGCAGCGGCGCCUUCCCAUCCAGUGUUACCGGAAGUCGCGAGGUGGCGGCGGCGCUUUCACCAUGGAGACGGAAGAUGGCGCCUAGGGGCCGCCCGCGGCCCUCGGCGCCGCUGCAGGUGCUGCUCUUCCUCAACGGCUGGUACAGCGCCACCUUCUUCUUCCUGGAGGCCUUCGUCUUCGUCUACAAGGCGCUGCUGCUGCCAUACCCAGUCUCCAACCUGGCGCUGGACCUGCUCCUGCUCUUCCUCUACCUCGGCACCGAAGCCAUCCGCAUCUUCUUCGGCUCCAAGGGCAACCUGUGCCGGCGGAAGUUGCCGCUCUCCAUCGGGCUGGCCCUCACUGUCCCGGCAGCUGUGAUGGCAAUUUAUUACCUGCUGCUGCAGACGUAUGCACUUCGCCUGGAAGCCAUCCUCAGCGCCAUCCUCCUCCUCUUCUACACCCUGGAGCUGCUCCUGGGCAGCCUGGCGCUGGUCUCCUUCUCCAGCAGGAAUUCUUACUGAGAUCCUCUGCAGCACAGGAACGCGAGGAGACGGGGAUCCAGGAGUGCCGGCCUGGAGUCCCAUUCCAGAUGGGAAUCUUGUGCUAGGGUGGGGGUUCUCCACCAAGAUGCAGCCCCCGGG